GCUUCCGGGGAGUCCCCCCGGGCCCCCAGGAACCCCCAGGGACCCUCCGAGACCCCCCCGGGCCCCCCCGGGGCUCCCCGGGACAUGAGCGCUCCGGGACCGCCGGGCCGCGGGAUGCGCUUCGCCGAGACCCAGCUGCGGCGGCACGGCUGGCGCCGAGGGCAGGGGCUGGGCAAACGGCAGGACGGCAUCGCCGAGGCCAUCCGGGUGAAGAUGAAGUGUGACACGGCGGGGGUGGGACACGACGCGGCGGAGCCCUUCACCUUCCACUGGUGGGACCACGUCUUCAACAAGGCGGCUGCCAACAUCGCUGUGGAGGCCGGGCAGGAUGGCAUCUCCGUGAAGGCGCUUUCUGAGCAGGGAGGCGGGAUCAGCAAUAAGAAGCCGUGCAAGGUCGGCGGCACCAGGGACCUGCUGUACGGCCGCUUCGUGAAGUCGGCCACACUCACAGCCUGUGGGGAGGAGUCCAUGACGCUGCCCACUGGCUCUGAGAGCAGCGAGGAGGAGGAGAAGCUGGACCUCUCUUCAGCCAGGAGGCUGACGGACGAGGAGCUGGUGCAGGCGUGUGGGGGCCGCACGGCACACAAGGGUGCCCGUCACGGCCUGACCAUGAGUGCCAAGCUGGCGCGCCUAGAGGAGCAGGAACGAGCCUUCCUGGCCAUGUACCGGCACAAGGAGCGGCAGCAGGAGCUCCUGAAGAGCAGCCCCCUGGCAGAGAGCCAGGGCAAAAAGAAGAAGAAAAGGAAAAAGUCCAGGGACAGAGCUGACCCUGAGGUGCCCCAGAGCCAGGAGUCAAAUGGGGAGGAGGAAGAGGUAUCAGGAAAAGAAGUGAAGGUUGUGAAGAGGAAGAAAAAGAAGAUCCGGGAACCAAGUGGAGAAGAGGAGCUGAUGGGAGAGGGAGAGAAGGUCAUGAGGAAGAAGGUCACAGAGCCAUGCGGAGAAGAGGAGGCAUCAGGAGAGGAGGGGAAAGUCAUGAAGAGGAGGAAGAAGCCAGAGGCACACACAGAACAAGAGGUGGCAGAAGAGGAGGGGAAAGCUGCAAAGAGGAAAAAGAAGAAGAAACAGAAGCAGGAGGAGGAGGAGGACAAAGAAGAGCCAGCUGAGACAGACAUACCUCUAGAAGGCACAGGUGAGCCAGACCUGGGACACAGCCCCAGGAAGAAGAGAAAAAAGAAGAAAAGGAAGAGGGAGCCAGAGUGAGUAAGUGCCACAGCUGCUGUGUUGAGCAGCUGCCAGUCCCACCUUGCUGCGAGGGUUCUGAUCCUGGUGCUGGUGGGUGCCCAAGGGUGCUCCAGGCUCGUCCCAGACAGAGCCCAAGCACUGUGGCUCAGCCUGGGAAUGCUGGGCUGGGCUGGGUUGGUCUGGAGCUGGAUCGACCUUUAUUUCACUUCCUGAGCCUUCGCUGGUCAGGGGUGACCCCAGUUCCCCCCAGGCCCUGGGGCAGGGACCCAUUUGCUGUGGGCUCGUCGCAGAAGGACACAAGGGGACAGACCCUGCAGCAUAUUGAAGUAUUUUUUCAAGAGCACAAAUAAAUCUUUAUUGCAGUGAGA